AAUCUACAGAGAACAAAAAAGAAAAUAAAUCUACGUCGGAAUAUGUGCCUAUACUGGAAUAUGUGCUUAUGCUGGAAUGAGUCAGUAUGUUGGCUGAUAUAACAAAAUCCGCACGGGUUUGCAGUUGUCCGCAAUAGUUGCAACUGGAGCUAGAAUAUAAAAUAGCAUACAGCCAUAUCUUGCUCACAUGUUUCAAUAGGAAAAAUAGAUGUUGUUAUUUUGUAAACAUCAUUGGAAUCUCUAUGAUCCCAUUUACUGCCAAGACUGGGCUAAAGUGAAACUUUGUGAAGCCACUAAUUCGCAGAAAAACCAAACUGAUCAUUUAAAGCUUUGGGGGGAAAAAAAUCAUCACUUAAGUGUGUGACCUUUUAACCUGCAGUUUACUGUGUUAUCAAAUCACAAUUUGAAUACUACUGGCAUUGAGGCUUGUCGAGAGAGACACACAAGCGUGGGGGAGAGAGCGAGUGACCGAGGGAGGAGAGAGAGUGCCUGGCAGAGAAAGAGAGAGAGAGAGAGAGAGAAAGAGGUAACCUGCACCUGCACAUGGAGGAAGUCUUACUCUGUUUCGCGCUCGCUCUCUCUCACUCUCUUUCCCGUUCACCCCUAAUAGGAUAAUUGAUAGACAGCCCAAAUAGUCAAUAACUGUGGACUCAGCGAGGUCGCUGGAAGCACUAAGCAGAAACUUUGAUGCGCUGCUCUCUGCUCCGAGGAGCAAGUUGCAGGGGAACUUUGAGUGGCGGAGAUGCUCUGAGCAGGACUGGGAGUUCAUAACCAAAAUCCUUCGCUGCUGACCGGAAACUCGCAUUUUACAGCUUCUUCAGGGAACAGCAAUGGUGGAUAUACCGGAUACAUCCUUAGAUGUGAAUCGGAGGGCAGUGUGUGCCGGAUGCCAUCGGUUGAUCAGAGACAGAUUCCUGCUCAGAGUCACUGACGGCCUCUGGCAUGAGGACUGCGUGCGGUGCGCAGCGUGCGGGGACGCGCUCACGAACUCCUGCUUUCUGCGGGACCGCAAACUUUACUGCAAACGGGACUAUGCUGAUCUGUUUGCAGUGCGUUGUGCAGGGUGCACAGAAGCCAUCUCUCCCGCAGAGCUGGUGAUGCGUGCGGGGGCCGCUGUGUUCCACCUGCGCUGUUUCACCUGCAGCGUUUGUUCCUGCCGCCUGCAGACAGGAGAUCGCUGCGUCCUCAGGGAGGGACAGCUACUAUGUGCCAGAGAGGGCUACCACCAAUGUCUGGCCAGUCCUAGCUCUUCUGAAACAGGUAAAAGUAAUGAUGAAGAUGAAGAAGUUGAGGAGGAAUCUGGAAGGAUUGCAGGCAGAAAAGUUAAAUCAGACGAUGUGGAGAGCAAACGCCCCAAAAGACCUCGCACUAUUCUGACCACUCAGCAAAGACGCACCUUUAAAGCAUCCUUUGAGGUCUCCUCCAAGCCUUGUCGAAAGGUAAGAGAGACCUUGGCAGCUGAGACUGGUCUGAGUGUCCGGGUGGUGCAGGUCUGGUUCCAGAACCAAAGAGCCAAAAUGAAGAAACUGGCCAGGAGACAACAGCAGCAGGAGCAGCAACAGACUCAGGAGCAGUGUGAACACCCAUCGCAUCACACAGCGCCCUCCAGUGGCAGUGUGACCUCUGAGAUGAAGCACCUCGGGUCCUCUUAUGUCCAUAUUGAACUGCAGCAGCAGCAGAUGGGAAUGACCACACUGGAACAGCAGGACUGGGACAUGGACCCCUUCAGACAGGGCCUGACCCCGCCUCAGAUGCCAGGGGAUCACAUGCAUCCUUAUGGUUUCAAGAGCCUGUAUGGCGAUGUGGACAGAGACCCGCUGUGUCAUAUGGCUGACGGCGACUGCCUCUCUCUUGGCGACUCCUCGCCACUCACUCCUAUUGACCGCCUCUACUCCAUGCAGGACUCAUACUUCACCUCGUGAGGGUGGCUAUCAGAUUCAGACAGACUGAAUUUAUCUCAGAAAUGUGGUAAUUUGGUACGUGGACGUAAAAUGUUAGAAGGGGACAGGGGUACACUCACAGUGAUACCAUGCAAUACUAUACCAUGUUCACCUCUAUACAAACCCAAUUACACUCCUGCCUCUUAUGCUUUAAAAUCUCUUCGGAGUCUCCUGUACGUGCAUGACACUGAACUCUCAUUAUGUUUGAAUGCUAGAUUAUGAGAGCGUAACUGCAUCUACUCAUGUAAAUAGUUGACUGGGUGUGUAUUUGUAUUUAUUCUCCAAAUGUGUGUGUAUGCUGUUCAUCUCGAUCGAAUUAACAA